AUGGCGGUCCAAAAGAGCUUAAAGUUCAUAGAACAAGCAGUACGAAAAGAUGCCGUUGUUGUGUUUUCAAAGACUACUUGUUCCUUUUCUCUAAUGGCCAAAAGAAUCCUGAAAGAAGCUGGAGUCUCAAAAAUGACUGUAUUUGAACUUGAACGAAGAAAAGACGGCGAAUCUAUUCAGGAUGCCCUUCAAGAAAUGACAGGAAAAAGGACUGUACCAAAUGUAUUUAUAAAAGGGAAGAGCAUAGGAGGUGGAACAGAAACAGCAGAACUUUAUCAAUCAGGAAGAUUAAAAGAAUUGCUUGAAGAACAUGGCCUGCUGAAGAAAUGAGGUACAAGCAAUGAUGCAGUACAAUAUUAUACCCAAUGAAGAUGUUCUGAUUUCAGGGUCAGAUAUGGCAAUGGCAAGUAAUGAAGUUCAAGCUAUAAUACAAUAUAAUAUUAUACACAAUGAAGAUGUACAGAU